AUGUCAAUUUCAUCAAGUGAUUCCCUUUUCGAGGAUGACGAAAAUGUUUUGGUUGAGGAGAAAGAAGAAAUCGACUAUUACGCCGUUUUGAACGUUCCUCGUGAUGUAAGUUAUAUUGAAGAAUAUUUUUUAUUUAAAUUUAGGCUUCUUCAGAGGACAUUAACAAGGCCUAUAAGGCCAGAUGUUUAUUAUUUCAUCCCGACCGACAUACUGAUCCUAAGGCUCAAAAGGAUGCAGAAAAGGUAUUCGUCGUUGUCCGAAAAGCUCAUGAAAGUAAGUACUAGUGCAUUCGAGUUUAUGUUUAGCCUUAUCUGAUCCUGAGAAGCGUGCCAUUUAUGAUGCUGUUGGAUUGAGAGGCCUGGAGAUGCAAGGAUGGCAGCUUGUGUCUAAAUCAAACAAUGCUGAGAAUAUUAGAAAGGAAUACGAGUUUCUGAAGAAACUAAGGGACACUGAGGUUAUGAUUCAACGAUCACAUCCGACUGGUGCUUUUAAUGUCAAAAUUAAUGCAGCUGGACUUUUCUGCGAAGAAGAAGAAGACAGGUUUCCACCGUAUUUGGUUGGUUUGAGUAUAAACCAAGCGGUUGAUACAGCGUUAACACCGAAGGAUCGUUUUGGAUUAGUGGGAAGAGUAAAGUCAGUAAAUGGGCGAGGAGACGGCUCAUUUGGAGCCAGCUGGAAACGGUCGCUUAAUGCUUCUCUUCACUUUGAGGUAGGGUAUUCAUUGUUUUGUAAUUAACCUAUAUUUACAGACAAAUGCAACAGUGGGACCGGAUUCGGUGAGUGGUUUGGCCAAGCUUAGUAAGAGUAUCUCCCCGAAAGUGAUGGUUCAGUUAGCCCCGACCGCUCAAUUUAUGCCCUCUACGGGCAUUUAUGAUCUUUCAUUGGCUUCAAGUAAGAAUAUUAUUAAAAAAGUGUCGAUGCACUUUUUCAGCUCUUUCUAUGUUUCUUUCCCCCAGUUGGCAAGGGUCUCUGUCGCUUAGCUAUGGCUUAAAGAGUAGCUACAUCUCUACAACCCUUAUGAAAACCGAGCUAAAUCAUCCAAAAUUCACUCUUAAUCUGACGGUAAGUAGAAUCAAACAUGCCUUUUUAUAUUUUUCAGUUAUCCCCUGCGAACUCUUUCAUUCGUACAACUUACCAUAAGCGGUACACUGAUGAUGAUGGACACAUGGAAAUGAAUGUGACCUUGAGUCCUUUCGGGGUUAUUCCCUCAGUUUUAUACGAGCGGAGGAUCUCACGAUACUCGAAAGUUGCUUGUGGAAUCACCGUUUCUUACCCUAACUGCGCUUUGAUUGGAAAAUUUAGGUAAUAUUCUACUUUUUUAAAAUGUUAAUUGACGGAUUUAGGCUAAAAACUAGCUUGAAUCAUUAUGAACUGAACGUUGUCCUCUGCGAGUCUCAAGAUGAACUUGCAAGAAGUGUAAUCUACGGAGUUGCUUUUCCUUACAUCACUUACCAUACCGCCAGGAUUGUUUUUCGAAAGGCAUUCAGUAGAUUCGGCCGAUUGUUUGAUGAUUCCGACCUUGAACAACAAGUAGAUGAAGGAAAGAGAGAAGAUUCGCAAAGGGUUAUUAACCUCAUGAGACCAACAGCAGACAGAAUACAGAAGAUUGAAGAACAGAAACAUGGUCUAGUGAUUUUGGAGGCAAAGUAUGGCCAGAUGGAAGGGGAGAAUCCACAAUACCCUAUCCCAGGAGAGAGAGUCAUCGAUGUUACAGUACCCCUGCAAGCCAUGGUCAAUGAUUCACAACUCAGAAUCUUCGCUGUUAAGGUAUUCAUUGACUGGUUAAGGAAUUGUACUUACAGCUCACCACAAAAAAGCUGCGGUAUAUGCCAUUCGAAUGAGCUCAAAAAAAGGAAACGACUUAUUUUUUUGGCUCUUGUAAAAUCGAAACCUGAAGUUUACCCUUGAAACUAUUGAUGUUGAUAUUGUUUGAUCUCUUAUGCGAUGGGUUUUCGUACGAACUUUUAUAUACGGUUGUAAAAGAGGUAAAUUUAGGUAUCCGGCCUCUCACCCCUUGUACGUGCAAUAAUAAUAGUCAUAACUUUAUAUUUUGAAAUUAUCCGUUUGUUUCGACAUCUUUUGAUAAUUUUGAAAAAUGCUAAGCGAAGCGCAAAUGUUCCAUUUAUGGUUAACCGAAACGAAUUCAGCAAAAACAAAGUUCUGUCUAACACAACUUUUUGAGCUCUCUCGAAUGGUAUAUACCGCAUAUUGUUUUGUGAUGGGGUGUCAGUACAGUGUGAACUGGAAAUUGAUUAUUAUUAAACUUCUCAUCGCUGAUGCUUUGAUUCCAGAGUCAGCUUACUGGGUUUUAUGAUCCUUGCCCAAGUGAAAUGAAGAUGUUGAAGGUGGUCUACAGAUUCAGAGAUCAACUUCAUGCCGUAGUUGUCCCCGACGAACUUCCAUUGAACAUCCCGUUGGCAUGUGAGUGUCUUUUUAACCUAAGGGUGUUUAUUUUUUACCUUUGGCUUUAAUUUGAUUAAUUUUUUCAGCCCACCGAGUUUCGCAAUAG